ACCCUUGAUCAAUUCUUCUCUCACUUUAUAUGUUUGGUUCUAACUGCCAUAAUGUGGAGAGCUGUAUGGAGAGUCUCAGACAGUUUACUAUUUCCUGGACAACGAACACAGUCUGCUGUGACAUCAUUAAUAAUUGGGUACUCCAUGAACGUUAUUGUGGUCAUUCUUCAAAUACCUGCAUUUUACAUAUCAAGAAAACUUAGCAAAAAUCCUAAUAAAUUCUUCAAAAUUGCAUUUGAAGAUUUAUAUUUAUUUUUUGUUUCCAUGGCAACAAUACAAUCAUGGAGAGGUUGCUGGGAUUUGACAAAUAUAUUUAUUGUUGAGAGAUACCCUUUAUAUGUAAAAUGGCUUCUUCAUUUCGCUGGUUUCUUCACAGCUGUGAUUAUACAAACUACUCAUACAUUAUUUGGAGUAGCCAUAUUCGUAGAUGGUAGUUUUCCAGGAGGGACUGGCGUUGUUCUUCCUAUGCAGUACCUCACAGUAUGGUUCAGAGACAAGAUAGUAAACCAAACGCACCUGGCACCUCAUGAACCACCACAUGAAGUCACCCUAUCGAGUGGCCAAUCAAAUCAGGGAUUCAGACCAGAUGAGCAUAAUCAUGAUGAAAAGAUCAACCAACAACAAGACAAUAGACUUGAUGACAAUAAAAAUAUACUUGAUCACAGUGGACAAAACAUUUGUGAUGUGACAGAACUUUAAGAUGGCUCUGUUAGAUUGAUGGGAAAGCUUUGGUAUCCCUUGAGAUUAUCACAUUAGGAUAUGUAAUAUAUUGUUAUUUAUUUAUCUAUAUACUCAAUCAACUAGCAUGUCGAUUUGUUGAUUUAAUGACAGUAAUUGAAUACUUAGCUGGAUAGUAAAAAUUCAUUUAAAGGCAGGAUCAGAUCUAUAGGGG